GCAGUUUGCCGCCUGCGCCGCCGCGCAGGAGCGGGCCGCCCGGCGACAGCAGCAGCAGCUGGAGCGGCUGCAGCAGCAGCUGUCGCAGGAGCGCCAGCAGCAGCGCGUGGACGGGGCUGCGCAGCGCCAGCAGCUGGAGCAGCUGGAGCGGCGGCUCGCCGAGGAGCAGGAUCAGCAGCGCCGGGGGGCCGAGGCGCAUGGCGUGGAGCAGGCCAGGCGCCUCGCCGCCAGCGAGGAGGCGGGCGAGCUCGCGGGGCGCUGCGCCGUGCUGGAGGAGGAGCUCGCCAGGCGGUCCCUCUCACUGGAGGAGGCGGCGCGGAGGGGGCGAGCCCUCUCGCUGGCCAAGGCGCACGGCGAGGAGCAGGCCAGGCGCCUCGCCGCCAGCGAGGAGGCGGGCGAGCUCGCGGGGCGCCGCGCAGCGCGGGAGGAGGAGCUCGCGAGGCGCUCGCUCUCGCUGGAGGAGGCGGCGUGGAGAAGGUCGGAGAGCGAGGCGCUGAAGGCCGAGGGCGAAGUCAGCCGGGAGCUGCGGCGCCAGCUGGCCGCCCUGGAGGGCCAGGAGGGCAGCGACCUCCGGCUGGAAGCGGCACGCCGCGCCGAGGAGCAGGCGUUGCAGGCGGGCGCGAGCCUCCGCGAGGCGGCGGACGCGGCCGUGCGCGACCUCCACAGCAAGUGCGAGACCUUCGCCGCCCUGCUGCGCGGUUCCUGCGAGGAGGCCCGGGCCGCGGAGGCGGGCGAGCGGCGGCAGCGGGCCGAGGCCGAGGAGCUGCGGAGCAGGCCUCCCGCCCUGUGCCCGUGGCUCCCCGGGCGGAGUGGUCACGGGCCCGGCCGCGGCACCGCCCGGGGACCCGCCCGCGGUGUCUGGAGCUGGAGGCCUCGUGUGCCGCGGAGGAGGGCGAGCGGCGGCGGCGGGCCGAGAGCGACGAGCUGAGGGUCAGGUGCCUAGAGCUGGAGGCGCUGCGGGCCGCGGACGGCGAGCGGCGGCGCCGCGACGAGGGCGAGGAGCUGCAGGGCAGGUGCCUCGAGCUGGAGGAGGCGCUACGGGCCCGGGCCACCUUCGGUGCGGCAGGGUCCACCAUAGGUCGCUGGGACGUUCCGGGGGCGAUCGAGGGAUCAAACAGGACGGAAUGA